ACCGGAGCACAGCAGCUGCAGGCUGCGGCGCGCGGCUCUCAGAGUUCGCUAAACUGUUUGCGUAGCAGCCUCCUCUCGCCGCCGCGCGCCGCUGCUAAUUGGCAUCCCAGAUCUCGGAGCGGUGGAUUUUACACGCCUGCCGGAGCGGUUCACCGCCGCGGACGCUGACCCACGGCUGCUUCAGUCCCGGUACUUCCAUCCAACAGUUCCCGAGCAGAGAGGCUGAUCGGUGGCAGCUUCUUGCAGAGGUGACGGCACCGAGCUGCGUCUUGAGGCCAGAGGCGCUGCAGCCGUUCCUGUUCUCACUCGCAUUCCCUCGUCCCCCUCGCUUCGUCCACGGCCCAGAGUUCGCAGGGAGCAGGAAGCCGAGGGGACGCGUCCUCUCUAUCGGGAGGAAGCAGGACGCCGGCCUGUGCUCGGCCGAGGGUUCUUUGUGCUUAUCUCGCGUCGGCCCCGUUUCCCUCAAUGACGGCCGCGCGGAGCAGCCCAUGAAAACAGGAGAGGAGAGGCAACCAAGAGGAGUCACCAGCUUCCCCUGAACAAAGACGAGGCACCAGCAGAUACACAUGGGGCAGGGCGAGGCUUCAGCUCGGGGGACCACCAUGGAGGGGGACUGCCUCAGCUGCGUCAAGUACCUCAUGUUCGUCUUCAACUUCCUCAUCUUUCUAGGCGGCUCCUUCCUCCUGGGGGUGGGAGUGUGGGUCCUGGUGGACCCCACGGGGUUCAGGGAAAUCGUGGCGGCCAACCCCCUGCUGUUCACCGGCGUCUACAUCAUCCUGGGCAUGGGAGGCAUGCUCUUCCUCCUGGGCUUCCUCGGCUGCUGCGGGGCCAUCCGCGAGAACAAGUGUCUGCUCCUCUUUUUCUUCAUGCUCAUUCUCCUCAUAUUCCUGGCGGAGCUGGCCGCUGCCAUCCUGGCCUUCAUAUUCCGGGAGCACCUGACCAGAGAGUACUUCACCAAGGAGCUGAAGCGCCAUUACCAGGGCUACAACAACACUGACGUCUUCACCUCCACAUGGAACGCCAUCAUGACCACAUUUGACUGCUGUGGGGUGAACAGCCCGGAGGACUUCAAGGACAGCUUGUUCAGGCUGCUGAACCAGAAUCAGGUGGUGCCAGAAGCCUGCUGCCAACGCGCCAGUCAGGCUGGGGAGUUGGCCUAUGACAGGAAGGAGCAGUGCUUAUCUGGCACUUUGAUGUUCCGCAAUAACAAGGGCUGUUAUUCUGCUGUCGUUGACUACUUUGAGCUGUACAUCUAUGUGGCUGGAGCGCUGGCCAUUGUGGUGUUGACCAUUGAGCUCUUUGCCAUGGUCUUUGCGAUGUGUCUCUUCAGGGGAAUCCAGUAGAGCUUCUCCAUCUGCGAACUUCUUUUUAAAAAGGGAAUUCAGGAGAAUUGAACCAAAUGGACUCUUGUAAAUUUGUUGGUCUCUUUUUCUAUUAGUCAAUUGGUUGGAAACAACAAGGUUGCAAGCUCUUGUACUUCACAGCUGGACUUUUGAGGUACUGGGUGGAAAAAAAACAUACUGUACACACACACACAACAUAAAGAAAGAAAGAGAUCAGAGACAAAACUGAUGUAAAAAGAUUUGUGUGUGAAGUGGAAACAGUCAUUUGUGGACCAGGUCUAGCACAGACUGGGUGUAAAGUGGGCCGAGCAUGAGGACCAGGUGAAGCCUGAGCAGACGGCACUGCACUGACUUUUGGAUGAAGAAUAUUUAUAUUGAGUUGGUUUAACUUUAAAAAAAAAGUGUUUUAUGUACACGUUGGCUGUUUUCCCCUUCAUAUAGUAACAACCCGCCCCCCUCCACACGCCUUUGUACAGCCACUCUUCUUUAGCGCUGUAUUACAUAAGCUCUGUGUGUGUGUGUGUGUGUGUGUGUGUGUGAACAUACUGUACUGGAUCCUUUUUUUGAAUGUGUAUGAUCUGGAUUGUGAGCUUGUGACUUUUCAUGAACCCUCCCAUCCCGAGCUUCAAAGCCAACUUCUGCUUCUUUUUCUAUUUGUAUUGUGGUGUUUAUUGCAGUGGUGGUUACUUGUGAUUUAGGUGGUGAAAUGUAUGUUUAUGCAUUUGUAUUAGAUUGUUGGAAAGUCAACAAUAUAAAAGGCAUUUUAAAUGGC